AUGAAUACUGAAUAUAAUAUUUGUGAAAAUAAAAAAUGUGAUAAGAACGAUUCAAUUUCAAUAGAAAGUUCUUUUGAUAUUGAUACGAUAAAUGAGACAACAUUUAUUGUUAAAACACCAACGCGUAAUGGUAAUCCAUGUAGUUUAAUUACCGAUAAUAAUCUUAAUUAUGAUAAUAAACAACCCAUCUCUGAUUGUGAUUAUGAAUCAUCUGAUGAUAUUACAUAUCAAGCAUCUAUCCCAUUAUUUAAUUUGGGUGUUAUUAAUGAAGAUAAAGAAUGUAAUAAUGAAAAUACUACUAAAAUAAAUGAAAAAAUUAAAAUUAAUUCAAGUAAAUUUUAUAUUGGUGAUGAAUAUGAUGAGGAUACAUCAGUCUCAGCUAAUAUAACUUUACAUACUACUCGUGUGGCUUCUUCACUUGAUGCUACUACUACUACUACCUACUAUGAUACCAAUCAUAAAUUCAAAGAAUUUCUCGACAAAGCUAAAGAAGAAUUUAAACAAAAAUGGGACAAUCCAGCUCAGAAUAAUGCAACAUUGGAUGAUUUUGAUCGUAUAAAGACGCUUGGAACUGGGUCUUUUGGACGGGUAAUGCUGGUUAAACACAAACAAUCAAGCAUCUACUAUGCUAUGAAAAUCCUGGACAAGCAAAAGGUCGUGAAACUCAAGCAGGUUGAACAUACACUUAAUGAAAAGAAAAUUUUACAAGCAAUUGAUUUUCCUUUCCUUGUCAAUAUGCAAUAUUCUUUCAAAGAUAAUUCUAAUCUUUAUAUGGUUCUUGAGUUUAUCAGUGGUGGUGAAAUGUUUUCACAUCUUCGUAGGAUAGGCAGAUUUUCUGAACCACAUUCACGUUUUUAUGCUGCACAAAUUGUUCUAGCCUUUGAAUAUCUUCACUCAUUAGAUCUCAUAUAUAGAGAUCUAAAACCAGAAAAUUUAUUAAUUGAUAAUUUUGGUUAUUUGAAGAUUACCGAUUUUGGUUUUGCAAAACGUGUUAAAGGAAGAACAUGGACACUUUGUGGUACUCCUGAAUACUUAGCUCCAGAAAUUAUUCUUAGUAAAGGAUACAAUAAAGCCGUUGAUUGGUGGGCUUUAGGAGUACUAAUCUAUGAGAUGGCUGCUGGAUAUCCACCAUUUUUUGCUGAUCAACCAAUACAAAUUUAUGAAAAAAUUGUUUCAGGAAAAGUUAAAUUUCCAUCACAUUUCACAAAUGAGUUAAAAGAUUUACUCAAAAAUUUAUUACAAGUUGAUUUAACAAAAAGAUAUGGUAAUCUUAAAAAUGGUGUUUCAGAUAUUAAAAAUCAUAAAUGGUUUCAAUCAUGUGAUUGGAUUCAAAUAUAUCAAAAGAAGGUUAAUCCACCAAGUUUUUCUGUUAGUGAUAAAGAUGGGAAAAAUUUUCUUUUUGAGGCAUUGUAUCCAAAAACUACGAGUGCUGAGGAUACACGUCAUUUUGUUACGGAUACAACACAAAAUAUCAAUUUUGUUGAGGCACCAUUUCUUCCAAAAUGUCGUGGAGCUGGUGAUGCAUCAAAUUUCGAUGAUUAUGAUGAAGAACCAUUACGUAUUUCUGGAACAGAAAAAUGUGCAAGAGAAUUUGCCGAAUUUUAA